ACGCACGGAAGCGUUUAAGGUUGUUGGUUUUUUUUUUUUUUUCCAUUCCAUCUUUCAAUUCAAAAUUGGUUUUCUCUCCACAAAAACAAACAGAACCACAAAGACAGGUUUUGUUGCUCUUCUGUGGUUCUUCCAGAGAGAGAGAGAGAGGGUUGAAGAGGAUGUUCUGAGAGGACCGCUUUAUCUGAAAAAAGAUCUUGGUUUGCAGAAAGUCAUCUUUCAGAGAGAGAGAGAGAGAGAGAGAAAGAGGUGUAAUAGAAAAAGAGUGUUGUCUUUUGUUUGUUUGUAACUUUACAUUGAAUUCCAUUAUUUUUUUCUCUCUCUCUCUUGUGUUACUCGCUACAAGCUAUAUGACUAUAACCGACUCCAUCUUUUACCGUGGAAGAAGGAAAUGAAUAUCACAAGUGGAAGAAGACACAGAAGGCGCUAGGAGCAUAGCUACUUUAAGAGAGAACAAGGAGCAAGAGAAGAAAACAACAAAAACAAAAGCUUUUAGGUUGUUCUUUCUCUUGUGUCAUGGCUUCUUCAAAGACCACCAACCCAACAACAACUACUACACAAUUGGAACCACUCCCACCACCUCAACAACGCCAUCCUCCUCCUCCUCAUCAUCAGUUGCAACAACACCACCACCACCACCAUCAUCAUCAACAAAUUCAUGACCAUCAUCAAAUUUCUUUUGGAAUGAUGCAAUCCUCUUCUUCAUUUUCCUCUAUCCCCGGAAACUACCUCAGAAGCAAGGAUUCCGGAGCUUAUGACUUGGGUGAAUUGGAUCAAGCCUUUUUCCUCUACCUUGAUGGACAAGCAGACCCUUCUAGUGUUCAAGACCAAAGACAAAACUCAUCAUCAGGAAUGAGGCCUCCAACUCUCAACAUUUUCCCCUCUAAGCCUAUGCAUGUAGAGCCAUCAUCAUCCAAGGCCAAGGCUAACAUAGAGCUAGUUUCUCCACAAACAAGUGGAUCAAAGAGGCCAUCAGAGCCGUCGAUGGAGUUGGCCAACCCUCGAAACGAAACUGCUUCUGCCCCUCAGCCACCCAAACCUGUCAAGCGAGAGAGCAACCGCAAAGGUCCAACGUCAAGUUCUGAACAUGAAGGACCUAAAACACCAGAUCCUAAGACACUCAGAAGACUUGCUCAGAAUAGAGAGGCAGCUAGGAAAAGCAGGCUUAGGAAAAAGGCAUAUGUUCAACAACUAGAGUCGAGUAGGAUUAGGCUGAAUCAGCUGGAACAAGAGCUACAACGUGCUAGAACUCAGGGCAUGUUCUUGGGUGGAGGCGCACUUUUGGGUGGAGAGCAAGGCCUUCCUGUCACUAUGAAUACUAUUAGCACGGAGGCUGCAAUGUUUGACGUAGAAUAUGCUAGAUGGCAAGAGGAGCACCACCGCAUAGUGUGUGAGCUAAGAGCUGCAGUGCAAGAGCACCUUCCUGAAAACGAGCUUAGACUGUUUGUGGACAAUUGUUUGGCGCAUUAUGAUCAAGUGAUGAACCUCAAGAGCUUAGUGGCCAAAACAGAUGUGUUCCAUCUUGUUUCUGGCACGUGGAAGACCCCAGCUGAACGUUGCUUCAUGUGGAUCGGUGGUUUCAGGCCAUCUGAACUCAUCAAGAUUAUUGUGCGUCAAAUUGAGCCUCUCACGGAGCAACAAAUAUUGGGCAUAUGUGGAUUGCAACAAUCUACACAAGAAGCAGAAGAGGCUCUCUCCCAAGGGCUCGAGGCUCUUAAUCAAUCUCUCUCAGACACUAUAACAUCAGAUUCUCUUAGUUAUCCUCCCAAUAUGGCUAACUAUAUGGGACAGAUGGCUGUAGCCAUGAACAAGCUCUCCACUCUUGAAGGUUUCGUGAGACAGGCUGAUAAUCAGAGGCACCAAACCAUUCACCGUCUGCACCAGAUCCUAACAACGCGUCAAGCAGCAAGGUGUUUUCUGGCCAUAGCUGAGUACUUCCAUCGUCUUCGAGCCCUCAGUUCUUUGUGGCUGGCACGCCCUCGCCAAGAAUAGGCUCAGUACUCCCUAGCUCUAGCUAGCUAUAUAUGCAUGCCCUUAACUUAUAUAUAUAGCUUCUUAAUUUCUCUUUAAUUAUAAAUUAAAUGUUAUAUCUCUCUUCAUCACUCCUCUCUCCCACUGCAUCAUGGGCUGUAUAGAUACAGUGAUAUAUAGACAGAUCAUUAAUAUAGAAUUUAAUGUUAACAACUAUAGCUCUCCCUUCCUGGUUCUUUUCUGCAAUUUUUUGAAGGUUUAUAUAUAGGAAGCCAUUUUUGUGAUAGAAGAACUAUGAGGGAGAAUUAAUGGAGAGAGGUUGGGUUAAUUUAAUAAAUAUUUAAAGAAAAUUGGUUUAA